UGGACGCCUCACGAUGGAUAACCGCUAACUCGUCGAAAACCAUGAGAACCCUUCGGUUUGUGUCGGUUUCGUUCCUAGUCGUUCUGCUGUGUAUUUUGCAGAAAACUUCAGCUUUAAAAUGCCGUACCGAAGAUGGACCGACCAGCGACGAGGUUCGAAAAGUUAUACGGACCUGUAUGAAACGCAUUUCGACCGAGUCAGAAAAUAAGACUACCAACAGUGAUGAGUACGAGGACUACGACUCUUCCUCUUCGGAAAUGGACAGCGGAGAACAGGAUCAGAAAGAUGGCGGCAAACGCGACGAUGGUAAACAAAAGAGCGGAUCUAAUCAGAAAGGAAAUGGAAAUGGUAGAAACGGUGAUGAUGGAGGACGUAAUGCCGGAAGAAAUAGAGAUGAUAACAGAAAUGCUGAUCGUAGUCCUGGUCAAAGUGGGAGAAGUCGAGAUUCGGACUACGGAUAUGGUAUGGGCAGAAGAAAUAAUGAUGGAAUGAAUCAAAGAGGCCGAUACAAGAGACAGUACUAUGACGAUGAUCCGCAGGGUCGUUAUGGCAACAAUUAUCAGCAAACCGAUCGCUACAACCGCGAACGAAACGGGUUUAUGAAUUCCAAUGGGAAUAAUUCGUCGAAUAAUGCUAGUGGCAGUUUAGAGCGUGAUCGUGCCUGUCUGAUGCAAUGCUUUUUCCAAGAAAUGAAAAUGACCAACAAUGAGGGAUUUCCGGACAAGCACAAAGUUCUUCACGUGGUUACCAAGGAUUUAAGAGACUCCGAGUUAAGGGAUUUUUACACCGAUUCAAUACAGGAAUGUUUUCACAUGAUUAGCAUGGAUAACAAGUUGAAGGAUAAGUGCGAUUAUGCUUUGAAGUUUGUUACCUGCCUGGCUGAUAGAGGUCAAGCCAACUGCAACGAUUGGGAAAACGAAACGAUCAUGUUCUAAAAAAAUAAUUUCUAAGCACCUUCAUCAGCACUGCAAUCAAUGUAAUGUCUCUCGUAGGUGCACCAAAGUUGUAUGCAAUAAAAUCAAUGUCUCCCGAAAUAAUA